AUGCUAGAACUAGUGAUCUCACCCAGCCUUACUGUAAACGGCGAUUGUCCGGAUAAAGUGAAGCCUAACCGUGCUGACGUUGAUGUCUGGACUCUGAGUGGCAUAGAAGGCAUCCCUACAUCAGGCCUUCCGUGUGUGUCCCAGCUCCUUGCCAGACCUUUCCCACGUGUCCUGCCAAGCCAGCCCUCCACAGUCAUGGCAGCCUAUGGCCAGACACAGUACAGCACGGGGAUCCAGCAAGCUGCUCCCUAUACAGCCUACCCACCUCCAGCACAAGCCUACGGAAUCCCUUCUUAUAGCAUCAAGACAGAAGACAGCUUGAACCAUUCCCCAGGCCAGAGUGGAUUCCUCAGCUACGGCUCCAGCUUCAGCACCCCACCCGCUGGACAGAGCCCGUACACCUACCAGAUGCACGGCACAGCCGGAAUCUAUCAAGGAGCAAAUGGACUGACCAGCGCUGCCGGAUUUGGGAGCGUGCACCAGAAACCCGGCCUUUCAUUCCCUGAGUUUGGAGACUGCGGAGGACAGAUGUGCAAAAGGCUGUUGGGAAGGUGUGGUGAAUAUAGCACACAUAAUGGACCAUCCACACCAGCAAAAGAGGGAGACACAGACAGGCCCCACCGGGCCUCCGAUGGGAAGCUCCGAGGCCGGUCCAAGCGGAGCAGCGACCCCUCUCCCACUGAGGACAAUGAGAUCGAGCGUGUGUUCGUGUGGGACUUGGAUGAGACAAUAAUUAUUUUUCACUCCUUACUCACGGGGACAUUUGCAUCCAGAUACGGGAAGGACACCACAACAUCCGUGCGCAUCGGUUUGAUGAUGGAAGAAAUGAUCUUCAACCUCGCAGAUACCCAUCUGUUCUUUAACGACCUGGAGGACUGUGACCAGAUCCACGUCGACGAUGUCUCAUCAGAUGACAAUGGCCAAGAUUUAAGCACGUAUAACUUCUCCACCGACGGCUUCCACAGUUCGGCCCCAGGAGCCAAUCUCUGCCUGGGCUCCGGCGUCCACGGUGGUGUGGACUGGAUGAGGAAGCUGGCCUUUCGCUACCGGCGGGUGAAGGAGAUGUACAACACCUACAAGAACAACGUGGGUGGCUUGAUAGGUGCUCCCAAAAGAGAGACCUGGCUACAGCUUAGAGCCGAGCUGGAAGCGCUGACCGACCUCUGGCUGACCCACUCCCUGAAGGCACUAAACCUCAUCAAUUCCCGGCCCAACUGUGUCAACGUGCUGGUCACCACCACUCAACUAAUUCCUGCCCUGGCCAAAGUCCUGCUCUAUGGACUGGGCUCCGUGUUUCCUAUUGAGAACAUCUACAGUGCAACCAAGACAGGGAAAGAAAGCUGCUUUGAGCGCAUCAUGCAGAGAUUUGGCCGCAAAGCUGUGUACAUCGUAAUUGGUGAUGGUGUGGAAGAGGAGCAGGGGGCCAAGAAGCACAACAUGCCUUUCUGGCGGAUAUCCUGCCACGCCGACCUGGAGGCACUGAGGCACGCCCUGGAGCUGGAGUAUUUAUAGCAGAGCCAGCAGCAUCUCCACCGGCAUCGCUGGAUGCAUGGCGCCCACCCAGGCCCCACGCCUUCCCCACCUCCCCACCGAGCACGCUGACCUUGGACACCAGGCAAGCAGACGCGUCUGCUGACCAUCUCAGAAGCUGUUCUUUCCGUCCAAACAAGGGUCCUGAAAGGCGAGGCACCCAAAACUGGCUUCAGAAUAUUUGACUUCGGGGAAAAGGGCUGGCUCAGAGUCCAGACUUUUCUACAAGACUUAGAGAACAAAAGCAAGGACUUGCUGAUUUGGGGG